AGAAGCCUGCUGUCUUCAUGAAGUCCUUGGAUGAUAUUUUUGGUGAGGAGCGAGGUGUGAUUAAACUGGAAUGUGAAGUCUCCAAAGAGAAGGUCAAACCUGUUUGGAAAAAGGAUGGUGUGAAGCUCACUUUUGGUAACAAGUAUGAGCAGAUACAGUCUGGGAAGACCCUGUGCCUCCUUAUCCAUGACCUUGAAAAGACAGACGCAGGUUUAUACACAUGUGAUAUCGGCACUGAUGUUGCCAAGUCAAAGGUCAGCGUUCAGGAACUGAACAUUGGCAUCACCAAACGGCUGAAGAACACUGAAAUCCAGGAGGGAGAAGAUUGCACUUUUGAGUGUAUUUUGUCCCAUGAAAGCAUUGAUGACUUCAACUGGACGCUGAACGGGACCAAAGUGGAAAGUGGUGGGCGAUUUAAAGCCUCUAACAUGGGUCGGAAAUAUAUGCUCAAUAUCAAAAGUGUAAUUCCUGAUGAUGCUGGGGAAGUAAUUUUCACUGCCCGUGGUCUAACCUCCAAGGCUUCUCUGGUUGUGAAAGAGAAACCUACAGAGGUUACAAAGCAGCUGGAGGAUAAAACAUCAGCAGUGGGGCAGGACAUCAGCCUGAGCUGUGAAUUGUCGAAACCUGAUGUGAGCAUCAGGUGGUACAAGGAUGGCAAAGCAAUCCGAAAAAGCCAGAAGUAUGACUUGCACCAAGAGGGAACACGGGCCAUUCUGAUCAUCCAUGACUCCACAGUCAAGGACAGUGGGGAGUACACCUGUGAGACAGAGGUCUCUAAAACGAAAGCCAGGAUCACAGUGCAAGAAAAACCUAAUUAUUUUGUCAAGGAACUUUCAGAUCUGAAAGUCGAUGAAAGCAGAACUGCAGUUUUUACGUGCCAGAGUGAGAAAGCUGCCUCCUCUGUGGUCUGGAGGAAAGGCAUAGCUGAACUCAGGGCUAGCAAGAAAUACGAGAUCACACAGAAAGGACAAGUCCUGCAGCUGACCAUAAAUAAUUUGGAGAAAAGUGACAGUGACACUUACACCUGUGACAUUGGUGAUGCCCAGUCCAGAGCCAAGCUAGUCGUGCAAGCAGGCCAGAAAGUGCUAAUAACAGAAGACCUGGAAGAUGUCACUGUGUUAGAAGGAGAAUCUGCCAUGUUCAAAUGCAGAAUCUCUCCUAUAGACUAUAGCAAAGUGCAGUGGUUUUUGGAUAAAACCCCACUCCAUACCAAUGAACUUAAUGAGAUCCAGUCUCAGCCCGAUGGAUAUCACUUGCUAAUGUUGAAAAAACUCUCACUGAAGGACUCGGGGGUCAUUACAUUUGAAGCUGGUGAUAAGAAAACCUCUGCCAGUUUGGUUGUUAAAGAGAAGCCCUGCAUCUUCACAAAGGAGCUGGUUGAUACUGAAGUCACUGAGGGAGAGGAUGUGAUCCUUCACUGUGAAACCUCCAAAUCGGAGAGCCCCGUAAAGUGGUGCAAAGACGGGAAGAGCCUUAGGAAUUCUUCCAAGUAUAACAUCAGCCGGUCGGGAUUUGAAGCCAAGCUUGUCAUUCACAGGGCAGAAGAAAGAGACAGUGGCAGAUAUGAGUGUGAGGCUGGAGCAGCUAAAAGUAGUGCGGUUAUUACUGUCAAGGAAGUACCAGUUCUUUUCAAGCAAGAGCUCCAAAAUGAAGAAGCUAAAGAAGGAAAACAAGUCAAGCUGACCUGCGAGCUCAGCAAACCUGAUACCCCAGUGAAAUGGAUGAAAGGAGACGCUGUUCUCUAUGCCAGCGAGAAGUAUGAAUUUAAGCAGCGUGGUACUGUGGCAGAGCUCAUUAUUCGAGAUGUCAAAUCGAUAGACUCUGGGGAAUAUACCUGCAGCACCGGGGAACUGAAGACCACUGCUCGGGUGAAAGUAAAUGCUGUGCCUGUCCUUUUUAAACAAGCCCUGGAGAACGUGGAAAUGGAAGAGGGGAAAUCUGUCUCCUUGCGCUGCGAACUCACAAAAGCUGAUGCCACCGUGGUGUGGAAGAAGGGAGAAGCCACGCUCCAGGCAAGUGCCAAAUAUGAAAUGAAGCAGAAGGGGACAGUGGCAGAGCUGGUGAUUCAUAAUGCAGAGCCAGAAGAUGCGGGAAGAUACACCUGCGACACUGGAGACCAGCAGACCACAGCCCAAGUCAAAAUCCAUGCCGUCUCUGUGCUCAUCAAAGAAGAGCUGAAGAGUGUGGAAGCUGUGGAAGGUGGGACCACCACCCUGCGAUGCCAGCUGAGCAGAGAGGCCCCCGUGGAGUGGAGGAAGGGGCACGCUCUUCUCCGGCCGAGUAACAAAUACAGGAUGAGACAGGAGGGCACAGUGGCUGAGCUGCUGAUCCACGAUCUGGACCCAAAGGAUGCUGGAGACUAUACAUGUAUAGUGGGGAACCAAAAAACCACAGCAACCUUGUCAGUGAAUGCCCUGCCAGUCCGUUUCAAAAAAGAGCUGAAGAACGAGGAAGCCACCGAGAGCGGGACGGCCACGCUGCAGUGCGAGCUGAGCCAGGCGGUGGGCUCGGUCGAGUGGAGGAAGGACGGGAAGGUGCUGAUGUCGAACGGCAAAUACAAAAUGAGACGGGAAGGGCGUUUCGUUGAGCUGGUUAUCCAAGACCUAGACUUGACGGAUGCUGGGAACUAUACCUGCGUGUGUGGAGACCAGAAGACAACAGCUGCCCUGAGAGUGAAUGCCUUGCCUAUCCUCUUCCAAGAAGAAAUGUCGAACAAGGAAGCUACAGAGGGGGAGGCAGUCACUUUGCACUGUAAACUGAGCAAAUCGGCCCCGGUUGAGUGGAGAAAGGGGAAUAUGGUCCUCAAGCCAAGUGACAAAUACAAAAUAGAGCAGGAAGGUCCCUUUGCGGAGCUGAUGAUCCGGGAUCUGGAUGUGGCAGACGCUGGUGAUUACAGCUGUGCGUGUGGAGAUCAACAGACUACGGCUGCUUUGACAGUAAAUGUCCUGCCUGCUCUUUUCACCAAAGAACUGACAGAUGAAGAAGCCACAGAAGGUAAAAGUGUCUCUCUGCACUGUGAGCUGAACAAGGCUGCUGCUAACGUGGAGUGGAAGAAGGGCUUCAAGACCCUCAAAUCAAGUGACAAGUAUAAAAUGAAACGCGAAGGUGUCGUUGCUGAACUUCUAAUCCAACACCUAGACACGACGGAUGCUGGAAAUUAUUCCUGUGUGUGCGGAGACCAGCAGACUAUGGCAGUUUUAACAGUACAUGCUUUGCCUGCGUUUUUCAAAGAAGGAUUGAAGAACAGAGAAGCCACAGAUGGUGCAACAGCCACCCUGCACUGCGAGCUGAGCAAGGUCGGUGUCCCGGUGGAGUGGAAAAAAGGGGACAAGACACUCAAACCGAGUGAUAAGUAUAGGAUGAGACAAGAAGAUACCGCCGCAGAACUGUUGAUCCGAGAUCUGGAGGUAGAAGAUACAGGAGAGUAUACCUGUGUGUGUGGAGAUCAGAAGACCUCGGCUGUCUUGACAGUCCAUGCUUUGCCUGCACUGUUCAAAAAAGAACUUGUCAAUAUGGAAGCCACAGAAAACGGGACGGCUGUUCUGCAGUGUGAGCUAACUAAACCCGCUCCGGCGGAGUGGAGAAAAGGGCAAAAGGUGCUCAAGCCUAGUGAGAAGUACAAAAUGAGGCUGAAGGAUACCAUUGCUGAGCUGACAAUCCACAGCCUGGAGGAACAAGAUGCGGGAGAUUACACAUGCGUGUGCGGAGACAAGAUGACUACUGCAUCCCUGACGGUGCAUGCCCUUCCUCCGCAUUUUAAAAAAGAGUUGAAGAAGGUGGAAGCCACAGAAAAUGGCACGGCCACUUUCUGCUGCGAGCUGAACAAGCCCGCAGCUGCCGUGGAAUGGAGGAAAGGAGACAGAGCCCUGGAGCCGAGUGACAAGCUCUCCAUGAGAUGCGAGGGCACAACUGCUGAGCUGGUGAUCCGUGAUUUAGACCUGACAGAUGCUGGCGAUUACACAUGCUGUUAUGGAGAUCAGAAAACCACGGCUGCGCUGAAAGUGAAUGCCUUGCCUGCACACUUCAGGAAAGAGAUGAAGAAUGAAGAAGCCACAGAAGGUGGAACAGCCACGCUACAAUGUGAGCUGUCUAGGGCUGCCUCUGUGGAGUGGAAAAAGAAACACAAAGUGCUCAAAUCGAGUGAAAAAUAUACUAUGAGACAGGAAGGUACUACGGCACAACUGCUGAUCCAUGCGUUGGAAGUCAGGGAUGCUGGGGAGUAUACCUGCGUGUGUGGAGAUGAGAAGACUACUGCAGCGCUGACAGUGCAUGCCCUUCCUGCUCUCUUCAAAGAAGAGUUAAGAAAUGAGGAAGCCACGGAGGGUGAAGUAGUCACUCUGCGCUGUGAGCUGACCAAGACCGCUUCAGUGGAGUGGAAAAAGGGACACACAGUACUCAAACCUAGCGAGAAAUACAAAAUGAGGCAGAAGGAUGUCACUGCAGAACUGGUGAUCCAUAAUCUAAAUGAGAAUGAUGCUGGUGAUUAUACCUGUGUGUGUGGGGAUAAGGAGUCCACAGCUUCCUUAACAGUACAUGCGCUGCCUGCACGCAUCAAGGAACGCCUGAAGGACGAGGAGGUAACAGAAGGUCAAGCAGCCACUCUGCGCUGUGAGCUGACCAAGGUUGCUCAAGUAGAGUGGAGAAAGGGAAGCAGUUUGCUCAAAGUCAGCGACAAAUACAAAAUGAGGCAGGAGGGCACGGUCAUGAAGCUGCUUAUCCAUGACGUUCAACUGAAAGAUGCUGGAGAAUACACUUGUGUGUGUGGAGAACAGGAGACGACAGCUGCCUUGAUAGUGCAUGCCCUGCCUGCACUUUUCAAAGAAGACCUGAAGGACCUGCAAGCCAUGGAAAGCCAAACAGCCACCCUGCGCUGUGAGCUGACCAAGGCUGCAGCUGUGUCAUGGAAGAAAGGAAGCAAAAUCCUCAGGGCAAGUGAAAAAUACAUCAUGCGGCAAGAUAAUGACCUUGCUGAGCUGGAAAUUUGUAAUCUAGAGCUGCAGGAUGCGGGAGAUUACACCUGUGUGUGUGGAGACCAACACACCACGGCUUCUCUGACAGUGCAUGCCCUGCCAGUGCUUUUCAAGGAAGAACUGAAGAAUGAAGAAGUCCUAGAAGGAGCAUCAGUCUCUCUGCGUUGUGAAUUAACCAAAGCAGCUCCAGUGCAGUGGAAAAUAGGGUCCAAAGUGCUCAAAGCAAGUGACAAAUAUCAAAUGAGACAGCCUGGCACCACUGCAGAGCUGGUCAUUCAUGACCUAGAAGUAGAAGAUGCUGGAGAUUACACGUGUGUUUGUGGUGACCAGAAGACAACAGCAACUUUAACAGUUCAUGCUCUGCCACCACUCUUUAAGGAAGAGCUCAAGAACAAGGAAGCAGAAGAAGGUGGAGAAGUCGCCCUGCGCUGUGAGCUCACCAAGGCUGCUCCGGUGGAGUGGCAGAAGGACCAGAGGAUUCUCAAAGAGAGCGAGAAAUACAAAAUGAGGCAGGAAGGGACCAAGGCAGAGCUGGUGAUUCAUGAAAUAGCUGAGGAGGAUGCAGGAGACUACACCUGUGUGUGUGGAGAGCACCAGACUACAGCUGCCUUAACAGUACAGG